UUAGCCGUUUUGAUAAUUGGGUAUGCCAAGAUGUCUUUGACGGAUGAAACAGACAUGCACAGAAGACAGGCACAGUUCUAUGAACAGGCCCAGGCUGGAAAGCUUCAAAACACGGCAGAUCUGUACCAUGAAAUAGAGAAUCUUAAGAUGAAAGUGAAACAGCUUGAGAAAGGGCACAAGGAGUAUCCGAAGGUGCCGAUGCUGAAUUACAAGGACAGGAAAAGGAUUCUGAUUACUGGUGGUGCAGGAUUUGUUGGUUCACACCUUGUGGAUAAGUUGAUGAUGCAGGGCCACGAAGUCUAUGUUGUGGACAACUUCUUCACUGGGCGUAAGAAAAAUGUAGAACACUGGAUUGGACAUGAAAACUUUGAGCUGAUACAUGCAGAUAUAGUAAACCCGCUCUUUAUUGAAGUGGAUCAGAUAUACCAUCUGGCAUCCCCUGCUUCCCCUCCAAACUACAUGUACAACCCAGUGAAGACACUGAAAACCAAUACCAUAGGGACCAUCAACAUGCUUGGUUUAGCCAAAAGAUGUAGAGCAAGGAUGUUGUUGUCUUCUACAUCUGAGGUGUAUGGAGACCCAGAAGUACAUCCCCAGAGUGAAGAUUAUUGGGGUCAUGUGAACCCUAUAGGGCCCAGAUCCUGUUAUGAUGAAGGCAAAAGAGCGGCUGAAAGCCUCAUGUAUGCUUACAAGAAACAGGAGCAAGUUGAAAUUCGAGUGGCAAGGAUUUUUAACACUUUUGGUCCACGUAUGCACAUGAAUGAUGGACGUGUUGUCUCAAACUUCAUUCUGCAGUCAUUGCAAGAUCAGCAUAUCACAAUAUAUGGGAAGGGAGAGCAGACGAGAUCAUUCCAGUUAAGUGAUCUGGUUGAUGGUCUUGAGGCACUGAUGAAUAGUGACUAUGAUCAGCCAGUUAAUAUUGGAAAUCCUGAUGAGUACACGAUAAAUGAAUUUGCUACAGCUAUAAAACAAAGAGUUGGUGGCAAAAGCAAGAUAAUCCAUAAACAGUCCCGUGACGACGAUCCAAGUAGACGUAAACCAGACAUUUCCAAGCUAAACAGUAUCUAAACUGGGAACCUAAGGUGAAGGUCAUGGAUGGAGUCAACAAGACAAUAGAAUAUUUCCGACAGGAGCUUCGGCUUUCCAACAUGAUUCCAUAGAAACAUCUCAAGUAAUCUUUGUGACUUUGAAAGUAAAACUGUACUAUGAUGAUGUGUCCAUUUUUGAAGGACACAUAGAACGUGGGUUUUAUUAGUCCCCUACUGGUUGAAAACCAGUUUCGGGGACUAUAGGAAUGCGCUUUUCCGUCAUUCCGUCAUUCUGUCAUUCCGUCCGUCCGCAAUUUCGUGUCCGGUCCAUAACUCUUUUAUCCAUGAAGGGAUUUUAAUAUUACUUGGCACAAAUGUUCCCCAUGAUGAGACGACGUGUCAUGCGCAAAACCUGGACCCCUAGCUUAAAGGUCAAGGUCACAAUUGGAGGUCAAAGGUCAACAGGGCUUUUUUCCUGUCCGGUCCAUAACUCUCCCAUCCAUGAAGGGAUUUUAAUAUCACAUGGCACAAUUGUACCUCAUAAUAAGAUGAUGUGUCAUGCACAACUUUCAGACCCCUAGCUCAAAGGUCAAGGUCACACUUAGCAGUCAAAUGUUAACAUGGCAUGAAUAGGGUCUGUUUCGUGUCAAGUCCAUACCUCUUUCAUCCAUGAAGGGAUUUUAAUAUUACUUGGCAAAAAUGUUCCCCAUGAUGAGGCGAUGUGUCGUGCGGAAAACCCGCACCCCUAGCUCAAAGGUCAAGGUCACAAUUUGAGGUCAAACGUCAACAGGGCUUUUUUCCUGUCCGGUCCAUAACUCUCCCAUCUACAGGGGUCUAGCUAGGUCCAAUUUUUUGGGAGAAGUCACUUCUCCCUCAAGCAGAUUUUGGGAGAAGUGGGAUGACUUUUCCUACCGCAAUGAUGUCGAGUGAUUCGAAAGGUGGCUGUAAUUUUCUUGUUUCUUGAUAAAAAGUAUUGAUGUGACCAUUCAUUUUCUUAGUUAGAUCAUUUCCCAUACAGUGGUUAUUGUUUCGUUAAAAAAUUCUGAAAAAAAAAUCGUUUUCAAAAUUCAAGCCGAUUCUGUAAAUGUAACCCGCCAAAUUUUGGUUAUAUCUUGUAUGAAGUGUUUAUUAUUAACACCGAGUCAUUCACCGAGGAAUGUCAGAAUCUCACUCGAAUGAAACUGAAAGUAAACUGUGUAAUCUAGAAAUACAUAUUCAAACAAAUUCAUCGAUGGAAGUCAAUUUAAACAUUGUUAAUACAUUACAUGUCGUUCUUUUAUCAUAGAUAACAAAUAAUUGUGUACCAAAUUCCAAUUAAUCGCAUGGUUAAUCAGUAGUUUCUUAAAAAAAACACUGCUUUUUGCACUCGAACAUGUUGACAAAAUUAAAAACGAAGUGUCAAAGACGUAAACGCGACGCUAAUUGGCUGAACACAAUCAACGAGGUGUAUCGGAUAAUUUGAUUCGCUUUCACACUUCUCGGGAAAAUCUCGCAAGUACCUGAAGUAGGAGGAGCUUAAAUUAUGCUACCGGCGUGUGUUUGUGUAUUCGGCACUCGUUAUGACACCGUGCAAAUUGUCAACAGUCCGGGUAGCACUAAUUAGCGAGUGCGGAAAUCAAAGAAAAUCGGGCGACUUGCAUUUCGCUUUGAGGUUAGAUUUGAGCGAAGUCUGAAGUUCUAGAGCGCCUAUUUCGCUCAAGUCGCCCACUCGCGAGAGCCCUGAUCUAUGAAGGGAUUUUAAUAUCAGUUGGCAUAAUUGUACCUCAUAAUAAGACGAUGUGUUGUGCACAACUUUCAGACCCCUAGCUCAAAGGUCAAGGUCACACUUAGCAGUCAAAUGUUAACAUGGCAUGAACAGGGUAUGUUGCCUGUCCGGUCUAUAACUCUGUCAUCCAUGAAGGGAUUUUGAUAUUACUUGGCACAAAUGUUCCCCAUUAUGAGGCAACAUGUCAUGCGCAAAACCCGGACCCCUAGCUCAAAGGUCAAGGUAACAAUUGGAGGCCAAAGGUCAAUAGGGUUUUUUUCCUGUCCGGUCCAGAACUUUGUCAUCCAUCAAAGGAUUACAAUAUAACUUGGCAUAAAUGUUCCCCAUGAUGAGACGAUGUGUCAUGCGCAACACCCAGAACCCUAGCUUAAAGGUCAAGGUCAAACUUUGAGAUCAAAGGUCAAUAAGAUUUUUUUCCUGUCUGGUCUAUAACUUUGUCAUGCAAAACAGGAUUUAAAUAUCAGUUAGCACAAACAUUUCCCUGGAUGAGACAACACGUUGUGAGCAAAGCCCCGGCUCUAGGUCUAAGGUCAAGGUCAUACUUAGAGGUCAAAGGUCAAAUUCAAGAUUGACUUUGUCUGGAGCAUUUCUUCUUUAUGCAUUGAGGGAUUGUAGUGUAACUUGGCACAAAUGUUCACCACCAUGAGACGAAUUGUCACACGCCAGAACCAGGUCCCUAGGUCUAAGGUCAAGGUCAUACUUAGAGGUUAAAGGUCAAAUUCAAGAAUGAGUUUGUCCGGAGCAUUUCUUCUUCAUGCAUGGAGGGAUUUUGAUGUAACUUGGUAGAAAUGUUUACCACUAUGAGGCACACUUUUUUUUAGAAUUAUGUCCCUUUGUUGUUACUAUAAAUAGAUUAUAUUGUAACUUUUUUAUUACUGGCCGUAGGGAAAAAUUGAGACCACUUUUCUGUGGUACAACAUGCACGGUACAUCCAAAUUUUAGGUGUAUUUUGAUCUAUCUCUACCUGGUAGAGAGUUUCUUGUGGACUUUAAUUUUAUAGAUUUUUUUUUUUUUUUUUUAGGGUUUAUUUCACUUUGUUGUUACUAUAAAUAACUUUUAUGAUAAUUUUUUGUAUAAUCGACCAAAAAAAAAUCCAAAUGAAAACAACUGUACGUUUUUAUAUAUGCAAAUUUUAAUCCAAGUGCUUUGUUAUAUUAUAUUGUAUAUAUAGUACAAUAUUGUUUAUACAUCAUUGACAGAUAUCAGUUCAUUAUGUUAUACUGCAGUAGAGAAAAUUAGGUGCCUUCCAGUAGGGGACUUUGUAUUGCAUGGCAAUACUUCAUUCACUUGUUUUUUUCAGAUACAAAGCCUAUAACUCUUGGGCUAAUAGUCAAUUCAGUGCAAAAUCCAGUUGAGGAGACUGGGGUCUCUCUCUCCACUAUUAAAAGCUGAUAUGUCUUCAUAUGACCUUCUUUGUGCCAGUAAGGCUUAACAGACAACUAAAACAACAGACCAUAUUUAACCAAAGACCAAACAGCUCUUAAGUCCACAAGUUUCAUCAUUUGCAGUGUAUUGUAAUCUGUAAAUGGAGAUCAUCUGCAAAAAAAACCACUUUUGAUUCUUUCAAGUGUGGCUAGUCAAUGUGUACAAUUGUGACUUUGCUGGAAUUAAGUUUAUAAACAGGUCAGGUAAUAAGACCAUUUUUUUUAAAGAAACAGACAUUCCUUUUAUGGAAAUAUAUGGUAGAAUUUAUCUUAAAUUGGUAGUAGUCACAUCAUUUUGACUUCACUUACUUUAAAUAGAUGAUUAUUUGAAUAACACACUUUUAAGAUUAUUUUUCAGGUAACUAGGUAUGGUCUGGUUUUGAAAUUGUUAAUUUGAAAAUUUAAAAUUGUAUGUUUGUUUUGCACUGGCAAUCAUUUUACCAGCAGUAGCUUGUUACAGCUAGAUUUUAAUGAUUUUUGUAAGAGGUAAAAAUGGAGGUCUUUUUUACCUCCUAGAUUUACCACAAUCCUCAUUUUUGUGACAAAUGCUACAAAGUCCAUUUCCGCCACAGUCCCCACUCCCCUCCCCCCCCCCUCCCCACCCACACACAAACACACACAAUACUGUGGUUGAACUGAGAAGGCAUGAUUUGUGUCCCACUGUAUGAAAUACACUGAGACAACUUGACAAAAAUGGGUGUUUUGAGUCAUUUGUUCUCCACCUGUGAGUCAUGCGGAGAAUUUGACUGUUAGUUGUGGAAAACAGUUAUGUACUGAUACACAUUCCAGAAGCAAUGUUUGGUUAAAUGACAGCCAGUAUGUAACAGAAAUACUUCAUUUAACAAUUCAGACAAUCAAACAAAUCAAGAAACAUAUUGUCCCACUUUCACUUUCUGCAAACUUACAUCAAUGUUAAGUGUGUUGUUUUCUCAAAACUAUUUUUUGUGUGUUUUUGUUACCAAGUGAUGUAUAUCUCUGUACUAAAUCUGUAUUGUUUUUCAAUUUAGAAAAAUAGGGGGGAAAUUCGGACCUGGUAUUAUGACUGUUAGACCUAUGAUACAUUAAAUGUCAAAACUACAUAUGAUACAUUUAUGGUUGAAGGCUUAUGAUACAUUUAGUGUUGUAAGACAUUUAUGACGCAUUUAGUGUUAUAAGACCUACAACAUCAUUUUGUGUUGUAAGGCCCUAUGAUACGUUUGGUGUUACAAGAUCUUUCAUGUAUUUAGUGUUAUAGGACCUUUUAUAUAUUUUGGUUAGAAGACCUACAAUAUAUCAAGUAAAUAAAUCACAUAUACUAAAUUACCAGCAGUGGGAAAUUAUAUUGAAAACGAAAUUUAAGCACAAGUAUUUCAGACUUGUAAGGGAAAAAUAUUCUCAUUUUGCUCAGAUAGUCAUUGUGUUUCAAAAAGUAAACUAACAUUUCCUUGUGUUAUGUCAUGUUUGUGGAAUGAAAAGGAUAUUUGUUUAUAAUUUUAGAAAUGCUUGAUUAUAUAUUUUAACUUUUUAGUUAAUUCUUUUCAUCUGUACUAAAAGCAAUAAAGCAGUUUAAAAAAUUCAUAUAUUUGAUCCAAAUUAUCCAGAUUUACCAUCUUGCUGCUGUAUUUUGGGCAAGACAGAAAUUGAUUUUGAAAGAGUGUUCUCCCUUUGACAGAGUUGAACCUGAUAGUUCUCCAUAUUACCAUACCUGCAGUAAAACAUCAGAUGUAGUAUUUAUAACUGAUAUGAGCCGUGCCAUGAGAAAACCAACAUAGUGGGUGU